CAGCGGCAGCAGAGCCAGCUUCUCGGGGGCAGCAACAGCAGCAGCCCCUCCCCCCCAAAGCAGUACGCGCUCGGCGAACACGUCCCCCCGGGGUUCGCCCGCCUCCCCUUUGACUGUCUUUCCCGACGGUAACGACGAUGUGCAUUACGCUGGCAGAAGUCUCAGCUCCAGUGUAUGGGAUAUUUCAGGCACACCAGCGCCGGCGAGGAGAGCGACCUUCGGUGGCAGCAGCAGCGGUGGCGGCGGCGGAGGCGGCAGCGGGAGCAAGGGUCCAGUCCAUAGUCGCCGCCGCCGGCGAUCACUGCCGCUACCCUCCCUCCUGCCGGCCGGCGCAGAGAUGGUCGACCUCGCUUAUGAGGCGAGCAGUCUCGGAACGCUGGAUGGAUCAGGGAGCAAUGUGGGAGGACCACAGAAGCAGCAGGUUCAAGGUCCCUACCAGUCGGGAGCCGGCACUGCAAGGAAGAGGGAGAGAAGGCAAGAAGACGAGGUGGUGCUUCUCGACGACGCGGCGGCGGCGGCGGCGGCAGCAACAACGGCGGCGGGGGCGAGUGCCGGGGCAGGGGCAAGCGCGGCAGCAAGCGGUUCCGACCAAGCCGUUGAAGUCGUGCCUAGGCAGGGGAAAGCGCCAGCCCGGAAGAUACGGCGGAAGGCGGGGCGGGCCGCAGUUACCUGCAUCGUUUGUUUCGAAGACACCGCUGUGGAUCGAUGCUCGCGGUGCCCCGAGGGGCACGCCAUGUGCAAGAAUUGCGUCACGUCCUACGUGGUGGAGACCCUCGUGCCGCAAGGGACGGUGUUUUGGGAUCGCAUCAAAUGCGGGGGCUCAUCGACUUGUGGGCAUCUAUUCGGACCGUCCGUGACCUCAUUGCUUCCGAUCCCCAUCAUAAAAAAAAUCGAGACCAAGCAGAUGGACGUCGCGCACCUCGUGGCCGGAGAACGCGACCCCACGUCGGACAAAUGGAUCUCCAAGCAUUCCAGAGAUUGUCCCAACUGCGGAGUCCCCAUCCAGAGGAGCUCCGGCUGCAUGCACAUGACGUGCAUCAUUUGCAGGCACAACUUCUGGUACGACUGCGACUGCAAGUACCCGCGCCACCGGCAAGGUUGCAGGAAACGACUGUACUGAAGAGCUGACUCGCGCCAGGGAAAAUGCGGCGUGUUCCAGCGCCUGCGUGCGUGGAUGAAAGCGAGGCCGCGAGAACUGGUGGUGGUGGUCGAACGGAAGGCCUGAAGUCCACAAGUAUCAAUUGUGUGCCCAAAGAUUGUGGAGGGUGUUGAGUCACAGCGGGCGAGCAAAUGCCCAGACUGCCUGGACGAAACCCAGCUCUGUUUCUGGUUGCGAAUCUGCUGUGGGGGCGCCGAAGCUUGUCUUUUGACUGGUGCUGUGUUUGUGUAACCAGGAGGGAUGGACAUACGUGCCACACAGGGCGAUGCGUGAACGGUGUUUUAUCUAGUAGAAUGUAGGCUUGUGUCUAUUCCGGGGCCGCACGAUGGCAGGCGCUUAGACUACCAGCCGCAGGCGACGAUCAAUCCAUGUGGGGGCGAAAGAAUGCUGAUGCACAAGGCAGUCGUGUAUUUAUAUUUUCGUGCCCGGGUUCGGGUGUUUUCAAUGAUAUGCAUAUCACGUGGUAAACGGUUUAAAGCUAUUUUGUUGCGUAAGUGUAUGUCUUUCAUGUUUGCGUGUCCAGAUUAAUCACGGGGUGGCGACAAGACUUUUUCUCGAACGAUUGAAUCUUCGUAUUGUUGCCUAGAGAACAGGACGUGUUGCGGUAGGGGCUAGGCCCGGGCCUAUUGAGAAUUCAUAACGGGAGUAUUUGUUCGUCGGCUUGUUCGUCGGCUAGUUGGCUUGGUUUGUGAUGGCCUCUGGUUUGGUCUUUUUUCUCGGCGCCGACACAAUAGAAAGAGCGGUCCCUGUGCAUAGUGUCACGUCAAGAGUGUUGUACGUUACGUCGCCGCGUUUGUAAACUGUGUGGAUAAUAUCGAGAUGAGUUCUCUCAAGUCUGAACCCAGUAAUGUAACCUUGCGUGUAGAAGCAACGGGUGACGUUGAUGGCACCUGUUGACGCUCAUUCAGCGUUGACACAAAUAUCGUGAUUGUCCAACAAAGGUUUUUUGCCAGA